CAUGUAGUGAUGCACAGGGAUCUCAAACCAGAAAAUUUCUUGUUUGCAAACAAGAAAGAAUCAGCGGUACUUAAGGCCAUUGAUUUUGGCCUGUCUGUAUUUUUCAUUCCAGGCGAACGGUUUUCUGAGAUUUUUGGAAGUCCUUAUUACAUGGCUCCAGAGGUGCUAAAGAGAAACUAUGGCCCAGAGGUUGAUGUUUGGAGUGCAGGAGUGAUUCUGUACAUUCUUCUUUGUGGUGUCCCCCCAUUCUGGGCAGAAACGGAACAGGGUGUUGCUCAGGCAAUCAUUCGAUCUGUCAUUGAUUUCAAAAGAGAUCCAUGGCCAAGGGUGUCUAAUAAUGCCAAAGACCUUGUCAGAGGAAUGCUGAAUCCGGACCAAAAACGACGAUUGACAGCUCACCAAGUGCUUGGUCACCCAUGGUUGCAGAACAUUAAGAAGGCUCCAAAUGUUAAUUUGGGUGAAACCGUUAAGGCCAGACUCCAACAAUUCUCUGUGAUGAACAAGUUCAAGAAGCAUGCACUUAGGGUUAUAGCUGAGCAUCUUUGGGUAGAAGAGGCUGCUGACAUAAAGGAUAUGUUUGAGAAGAUGGAUCUUAACAAGGAUCAAAUGCUUAGUUUCGAGGAGCUGAAGCUUGGUCUGCAUAAGUUUGGUCAGCAAAUGCCUGAUGCAGAUGUUCAAACACUAAUGGAAGCGGCGGAUGCUGAUGGAAAUGGGUCCUUGAAUUAUGGAGAAUUUGUUACAUUAUUUGUUCAUCUAAGAAAGAUCGGAAAUGAUGAGCAUCUGCAUAAGGCAUUUGCAUACUUCGACCGGAACCAGAGCGAUUAUAUUGAAAUUGAUGAACUCCGUGAGUCAUUAGCUGAUGACCUUGGACAAAACCGUGAAGAGAUUAUCAAUGCCAUCAUCCGUGAUGUAGACACCGAUAAGGAUGGCAAGAUAAGCUACGAUGAGUUUGCGACGAUGAUGAAGGCCGGAACAGACGGGAGGAAAGCAUCCAGACAGUACUCGAGAGAGCGGUUCACAAGCCUGAGCCUUAAGCUGCAAAAGGAUGGAUCGCUGCAGAUGACGAUUACACGGUAGCCCGAUAACACCACAUAGGCAAGUCAUGAAUUACAGAUGGAAACCAUGUGUAGAUUUUUCUGGUUGUUUGUUGACAGCUCUUCUGCUUGUCCUGAUGUUCCAUUGCUUUGUAUUCUCCGCUUGCGGCCUGUUUGAAGGAUUAGGGGGGAUUGUUUAUGCUAUGAUUGUAUUUAGACUACAUGAUCCAUGCCUCGCUCGUUUCCACGCCUCAGGGCAAAGUGUACUGUACAAGAGAAAGAGGAGAAAAGGAUUAUGAGGUUGUGCUCAUUUCUUAACUUCUGUGGAUC